UUCUUCUGCUAAAUGCAAAGCGUCGCUGCGGCUGCUCAACAGACGCGCCGAGCCGCCGCGGAGACCAGAAGACAAAUCUUUAUUUUCGCUCUCUCGGUCUCAUUUCUUCUCUAUUUACUUUUUUUUUUUUUUUUUCUAUUUGUAUUUUUUUUGGUUUUUUUUUCGUGUGUACUGGCUUACCGUGGAACCAGUCGCGGCUCGGCGGGCGGAUCGUGGGCCACCUUUCCCCCCUUUCUUAAAGACGCUCGUCCGGAUCUUCCCCACCAAACUGGAUUAACUUCAAGGCGUUAAACGCAGCCCGAUUCGCUUUGUGUGCGUGUGUUUAUUAUUAUUAUUAUUUUAUUUUUAUUUUUUUUUACGGCGGGGUGACGAACCUUUUUUUUUUUUUUUUUUUUUUUUUUUUUUUUUUCCCCGGGGGUCACCAUGUUGUGGAAAUUAGCAGACAACGUCAAGUAUGAGGAUGACUGCGAGGAGAGACACGACGGCGGCAGCAAUGGCAACCCGCGGCUGCCCCACCUGCCGGCGGUCAGCCAGCACGUCUACAGCCCGUCUCCCUCCCUCUCGCACUCGGCCAGCUCCGACUUCCAGCCGCCCUACUUCCCGCCCCCUUACCAGCCCAUCUCCUACCCGCAGUCCGGCGACCCUUACGCCCACCUGGGCGACCCCUUCAACAUCAACUCCCUGCACCAGUCGCCGUCGUCCAACCAGCAGCAGCCGUGGCCGGGGCGCCAGGGUCAGGAGGGGCUGGCGGCGCACGCCAGGAGCGGCCUGGCCGGCCAGAUCCUCGGCCUGGAGGGCGGCGGAGGAGGCUCGUCCGCCGGGGUGAGGAGGGAAGGCUUCCGCCGGCCCGAGCUGCUGCCCCCGCACGCCCACGGCAUCGAGGCGUCGGUGAUCGGCGAGAGCAUGCAGGGCAUGCACGAGAUGGGCCACGGGAUGGAGGACGUGCAGCACGUGGAUGACCACAGUCUCAUCAUGGCAGAUCAGACAGUCAUCAAAAAAGUAUUAGGACUGCGAGGGGCCAGGAGCCUUGAUCGCGUACAGAGGACUUGUUAUCAGGGGGGCAUCCUUGGGGGGCCCGUGACUCUCCCCAAAGGCAACGCGCUGGGCCUCCCCUUCCAGAAGGAGUCCCUGCUGGGCAUGGUGUCCAACCCCACGGAGGUAUUCUGCUCCGUCCCGGGUCGCCUCUCACUGCUGAGCUCCACGUCCAAGUACAAGGUGACGGUGGCCGAGGUCCAGAGGCGACUCUCGCCGCCGGAGUGCCUGAACGCGUCGCUGCUGGGAGGAGUUUUACGCAGAGCCAAAUCAAAAAACGGAGGUCGCUCGCUGCGAGAAAAACUGGACAAAAUUGGGCUCAACUUGCCUGCGGGACGAAGGAAGGCGGCUAACGUCACUCUACUUACCUCGCUUGUGGAAGGUGAAGCUGUUCAUUUAGCCCGUGACUUCGGUUACGUGUGCGAGACGGAGUUUCCUGCCAAGGCCAUCGCGGAGUACCUGGGCAGGCCGCAUGUAGAACGCAACGAGGUUAACUCUCGCAAGAACAUGCUCCUCGCUGCCAAGCAAAUCUGCAAGGAGUUCACCGACCUCCUCACCCAGGACCGUUCGCCGCUGGGCAACUCGCGUCCAGCGCCCAUCCUGGAGCCGGGCAUCCAGGGCUGCCUGACCCACUUCAGCCUCAUCAGCCACGGCUUCGGCUCGCCGGCCAUCUGCGCCGCCAUGACCUCGCUGCAGAACUACCUGAACGAGGCCCUCAAACAAGUGGACAAGAUGUACCUGAGCUCCGACACGCAGGGAGGCUCCGACGGCGGCGGCAAAUCCUCCGACAAACUGGACAAGCACAGGAAAUGAGACCAGCAAGCCCGCCCCCCCCCCCCCGCUCCCUGUGAACUCCAAAACCCCUGGUACGCCCGGCCCCUUCCAAUCUAGUAUUGUCGCACGGGGCUGUGUUCGAAAUCACUCCCUAUUCACUAUAUAGUGCACUAAAUAGUGAGUCGGCUAUUUUGUAUUGUAUUGUAUUUGCCCUAUGUCGCGGGUGUCCAAACGUUUUCCUCCAAGGGCCGCAUACAGACCAAUGGGAGGAUGCUAGGGCUACUUUGAUUCAUACUUUCAUUUACUAAACACAUGCAGAAACCCUGUAUGUCCAAAGGCGGUCAGUUUUAUUUUAUUUUGUUAGAAUUGUUUCCGUUAUUUUUACACAUUAUUGGGUGUGUUGUAAAUAGCUUGAAAAUAAAUCUGUUAACGCUCUCGGAGACUUCAACUGCCUGAGAAGUUUCUCCACCACGUCCUCAUUCUGCGGGAGCUUCGCGGCAUUGCGUCGCCUCAAGAUUGAGACAGAUGAGAUUAUUAAAUACAUCCCACGAUGCAAUUGCGCUAAUGCAGAAAAAUGAAAACACGGAUGGAGAUCAACUCAAGUACUUUGAGAUACAACAAUAUCAUGUUGUUCUAAUUUAUUAGUUUGUUCGGGAUUUAUUAUCACCUCUAUAGUCCACUAUAUAAAAAUCAAUUUCAGUGGACAUUUUAGGGACUAAGUAGGUCUGCUAUGUAAAAAUCCCUUUGUAGUAAUUAGGGAUUGGGAAUUAAUGAAUGAUUCCGAACGCAGUUGCUGCGUUUCAAAUCUUUCACUCAUUCCUUACCCUAUUCGCUGUGUGGAUUUCUAGUGGACAUUUUAGUGAACUACAGUAUGUUAUCCACUAAAAUGAAACUCUGUAUAUAGUGAUUAGGGAAUGAGUGAACGAUUCCGAACACAGCCGCUGUUUCUCCGAGGCAGCUGCCGGGCAACUUGGAGGAUCGGCGCAUGCUCUUUUUAUCCUGCCUUCAAGAGGACAUCAUUUCAAGAUGAGUUGCUGUGAGCCCCCCUUCCUUCCUUCCUUCCUUCCUUCCUCCUUCCUCCUCCUCAGUGGAGUCUGGAGGCAAAUCCUCUGAUUUCCUGUGUCUCGGCGGACUCGUAAAAGGACAACUUUUUUUUUUUUUUUUUUUUUUUAUGAGACAGAGACGCAAUUCCCCACUGUUUUUCUGUUAUUAUUGCUCGUGCUUUGUUUGUAUGACCGCGUGAGGAGCAUUCCAAUGUUGUUUUGUGCUGUCUGAAUGGGUCACACAACAGAAGCCUCGCUGUAUGCUGUCUUAAAGGAGACAUAUUAUGCUUUUUUUUUAUGAUUAGAAACAGUUCCUAAGUGUCUUAAUAACAUUUCUGGGACAUGCUUUUGUCAAAAUACACCAAGGAUCAAUAAUUAUAGGACGCUGUUUCACACAAAUGAACUUUUUGAGCUGGAAUCAGCUUGUUUUGAAGGCGCCGUCCCGCCCUCCCUCUACUGCGGGGUGUGCCAACGCAACAAUGACUUUUGUUACCAUGAUGACGAAAGCGGUGGCUACCUGUUGAGCCCUAAGUCUAAAAUAAAGUGAGUGCAUGUAAGCCUCCCCAUAGACAAAGUACAAAGCACGGAUUGUAUUUUCACUCGUGGACGCAGCACUUCAUCACCAAGCGGAUGAAUUUCACUUGUCCAUUUGGGUAGCGCAUCUGUGCAUGUGGUGCAUGAUGUUCCCCAGGCCGAAUCAGGCCUCCGCUUCAAAAUGGCAGAUCUUCAGCCAGCCUAGCUGCCAAGUCAUGGACAGAGAAACUCCCUGUGGGUGUGUUUUUAAUGUAUAAUAUGCUCCCUUUAAAGGAGACAUUGUGCAUUUUUUUUCACCAUUUAAAAUAUCAAAAUAUAAAAUAAAUUCCCAUGCAUCUUAAUAACAUGUCAGCGAAAUGCUUUCAUCACACCAAGAAUUAUAUAAUUGUUCACCCUCCUUGUUGAGCUGAAAUCAGCCUGUUUUGAGGGGGCAGUCCUGUCUCAUGCAAAUGAGCCACUGCUCACCAAGAAUGGCUUUUGUUGCUAUGAGGACUAUGGGGGGUGGUUACCUUUUGAGCCCCAAAUCUUAAAAAUGUUAGUGCACAGGUAAAGACCAAGUAAAACGCUUGGAUUGUAUUUCCACUCGUGGAGGUAGCACGGCAUCGCCCUGCUGAAUUACGCUUCAUUAGCCCGAUAGCAUAUUUUUUCAAACAAAAUGCAAGGCAAUCCGUGCAUGCAAAUAGAAACAUGCCUCGCCCCCAAACUUGAAACUUCACCCGACCUAGCUGGCAGGUCAUGGGUGAAGAAAUUUGCUGUGGGGAACGUUUUUAUGCUAAUUAAAUAUUCAUUUUCAGAAAUAGGCAAACAACAAAAGAUUUAAUUGGUUGUUUAUUUUCACACUCGAUUGGCUGGAAGGCACACAAAUAUCUGUAGACAAUUAUAAAGUCAGUUUGACAUAAUAUGUCCCCUUUAAAACUCAUUCUAUUUGUUGACACAUGAUGUGUUCAUCCUUUUAGUAUUUAAAAAAAAAUAUCAACCUAUAGAUGAGUUUACCCCUGUGCGUGUGCUUGUGUGCGUGCGUGCAUGCGUGUGUGUUGUGAGCAUGUGGUAAUCGUGUAAAUAUUUCUUUCUAAUUAGACACUAAAUCCCAAUAUAGAAUUUUAUCCACACAAGCUUGUCCCCCGAUGUAAAUAUUUUCUAAUUUAUGUUGUAAUUUAAUGGGCCUUUCUUUUGUUUUUCUUUUUUUUUUUUGUAAAUAAUGGACACUUUUUUUUUUUUUUUGGUGUGUGGUUUUUCAUGAUGGCGUGUUUUAUAAUAAACGGGUUAGUUUUCUAUUGAGUAGAGAGGUUAGCAAGCGGGCGUGAUAUGCUUUUUUUUUCAUUUUGGAAAUGAUGUGAAAGAUUUUAAGAAAACAGUAGAAAAAAUAAACACGAUUCAAGCCUGAUGCUUGACAGUGAC